AGCACUACCGACUGGCCACUGAGCUCCCCCGACCACAUGGAGGUGCUGUCUGUCAAAGUGCCCAUCUCUUCUGUCUCCAGCCCUGUGGGUUCUGCGUCUGGCCUGGGCGGGGCCUUCAUGACUGACCACGACCAAUCCAUGCUCUCCAGAUCUGCAGGCGGGGCCAUGGGAUUUGGCUGUGGGGCAAUGGACUUCAGAGUCGGGACUGACCUCCCCUUCCCCUUGCUGAUUGGUCAGGACAGUAUGAUGUCAGAGCUGGAUAGCCAACCAGACGCGGAGGCCUCGACUUCAGACACGCCCCACUCCUUUGAGCUAUGCCCCCCCCGCGGCCCCAGCGACUGCACCUCGUCCUCCUUUGACAUCGUGUUCGAGGACUCGGGCUGCGACCGUGACGCCGACCCUGACCCUGAGGUCAUGACCCCCUCAGAAGCCUCCGGAUUGGCCAGUACCCCACUCACUGAGAAGGCUAGCUCCUCCUCCUCCCACACUAGAAGAACCGACCCUUUCCCCGUACCCGUCCCACCCUCCUCCCCCUCCAUCCCUCCCUCCUCCUCUCCUCCGCGCCCCACCUCCCUCUGCCUGGCCCCAAGCCCCUCCCGGACCCCCCCAACCCUGCGGCCCCAGCCCUCUCCUAAGGUGUACCUGUACAUUCAGAUGCAGCUGUGUCGUAAAGACACCUUGAAGGAUUGGAUGUCUCAGAGAUGUCUGCCUGAACACAGGGAACAUUCUCAGUGUCUGGGCAUAUUCCUGCAGAUCUCUGAGGCCGUUCACUUCCUCCACAGCAAGGGCCUGAUGCACAGAGACCUCAAG